AACGCAUUCACAGACAUUUUGGUCCCCGUAGGACACCGUAAUCUUUAUAGCUGACGUCACAUUAUACAGCCGGAAGCUGUGAGGAUUCUCCCCUCCUCCAAAUCAUAAAUGAUAGCACACCGGUAUGUCUUUUCAAAAAACCGAUUAUUGUAAAUCAGUAAAGUUUGAAAAUUGAAAAAAAUAUUUUUUUUAAAAAAACCCAACAGCUGCGGGCGAGAUCGUGCGGGCGCGCGCUUAUUACCCAGCCUGGUCCAUGGUCUGACGUCAGAGGCGCGUGUCGCAGGUGAGUGAGCGUGACGGCUAUAAAAGCCGAGAGACUGCGGAGCAGCCCGCAUUGACCUGUGAGUAACCCGGGCAGGAGGGAGCUCAUUGCGUGUGUCCCGGGAUACAGCAUGAGCCAUGUUAUACAAUGAGAUAUUACAGCCAGAACAAGUCCCAGUCUGCCAUACAGUAAUAUCCCAUAAACAGGGCUAUUCACUAAACUGAGAAUUCAAAUGUCAGGUCGCAAUAGCCUAAACUGAAACAUUCUCAAACACCUCUCUGCUUCCAAUUCGGCCGAAAUGGCCUUACAUUUGAAAUUCACUUUCAAUUCUCACUCGAGUCAAUAAUCAUCACAGAGAGUGUGUCAGGUGCUAUCGUCUGUGAUACUGUUGAUGUUUUGGGGAUCAGUUCUUUCUUAUGGGCUUAAUGUGAGGUGCAGGUUAUCAGGGCUCUUUAAUAACGGGAGACACAUAUAAGGUCCGUCUAGCUGAAAUGAAAGCAUAGCUGUCAGAGAUUGUUUCCAGUGUGUAGAUUUUGACCUUCAAUUCACUCUGAAUUCUCACUUUAGUAAAUAAUGUUAGGUAUAUUAUGUGUGGGGGUAGGCAGCCUUUUCCUAGUCUUUGAGUAUUUUGGUCGCCUGUGAUGUGCUGUUGUAAUGAAACAAGGAGCUUCCGUUAGCUCCACUUAGCCCUGCGUACACUUUCAGGCAAUGAGCACCUUCCUGUAACGCCAAGCUUACAGCAGCGCAGGAGCAUUUGGCAGAAAAGAAGGUAGAUGCCACCCAGCUGACUCCAGGUAUGUUGCCCAAUCAUUCCAACCUGCAGCAGAUUUUAGUGGUUAUAGUACUUGGAGUGCUCUUUUAAUAUUUGUGUAUAUUAAUGCUGCAUUGUGGAGAUGCAUGCGGAAAAUCUGAGAAUGGAGGCAGUGGUGGAAAGGGAGCUGUAAUCUCCAUACUCUUCCCGCACUGCUCACUUGUGCUCACUGCAAUGAUUCCGGGAUCCAGGUUGACAUCGCUCCAACCUCCGCAUCACUACACAGCAUGUGAGAGAGCAGUGCUGGAAGAGUACAUAGAUUACACGGUCCUUAUUGGAUACUCAGGAAAGGGAUCUCUUCUGGACCACAGGGAAAGGAUCCACUCCAGCCGCCCCCAAAGGUAGGAAUGCUGUGUGGACUUAACCCCUUAAGGACGGAGCCAAAUGUACACAUUGUGAACAAAACAAAAUGUAAACAAAACCUGGCAUUUGCGCUACAUGUCUGUCCAACCGUAAUACACCUCUUUCAUAGUAAAUGCACCCACCCUUAUUAUAUAUAAUUUUAUUCAGGGGAAACAGGGCUUUCAUUUAAUAUCAAAUAUUUAGCUAUGAAACAUAAUUUAAUAUGAAAAAAAUGGGAGAAAAUACGAUUUUUUUUUGAUUUUUUUUAGUUCUAAAUUGCAUUUUAAAGGUCAGUGUCAUAAUACUGUUUGAUUUUACUGCAAUAAAAUACACAUAUUUGUAUUUAGUAAAGUCUCACGUGUAAGACAGUACCCCCUAUGUACAGGUUUUAUGGCGUUUUGGGAAGUUACAGGGUCAAAUAUAGCACGUUACAUUUGAAAUUGAAAUUUGCCAGAUUGGUUACGUUGCCUUUGAGACUGUAUAGUAACCCAGGAAUGAAAUUUACACCCAUAAUGGCAUACCAUUUGCAAUAGUAGACAACCCAAGGUAUUGCAAAUGGGGUAUGUCCAGUCUUUUAGUAGCCAUUUGGUCACAAACACUGGCCAAAGUUAGCGUUAGUAUUUGUUUGUGUGAAAAAUGCAAAAAAAACGCCAAUUUUGGCCAGUGUUUGUGACUAAGUGGCUACUAAAAAAGACUGGACAUACCCUGUUUGCAAUACCUUGGGUUGUCUACUAUUGCAAAUGGUAUACCAUCAUAGGGGUAAUUUUCAUUCUUGGGCUACCAUAGGGUCUCAAAGGCACCGUAACCAAUCUGGCGAAUUUUAAUUUGAAAAAAAUGAAACGCAAGCCUUAUAUUUGACGCUGUAACUUUUGAAAACACCAUAAAACCUGUACAUGAGGGGUACUGUUGUACUCGGGAGACUUCGCUGAACACAAAUAUUUGUGUUUCAAAACAGUAAAAAGUAUCACAACAAUAAUAUCGUCCGUGUAAGUACUGUUUGUGUGUGAAAAAUGCAAAAAACUUCACUUUUACUGGCGAUAUCAUCGUUGUAAUACAUUUUACUAUUUUGAAACACUAAUAUUUGUGUUCAGCGAAGUCCCCCGAGUAGAACAGUACCCCCCAUGUACAGGUUUUAUGGUGUCUUGGAAAGUUAUAGGGUUAAAUAUAGUGCAAGCAAAUUAAAUUCCCUUUACUUUCGGCAUGGGUUGUCAGGCAGGUCCUGCUAAUUGUAAUUAAUUAAGAUACCUAAUUAUGUAAAAAUAUUACAUAAAUAUAUAUGUAGAAUUAAUAUAUGUAUAUAUAUACGUAUGUAUAUAUAUGUAUAUAUCUAUAUAAUUUUUUAAAAAUAUUUUUAUUUAUAUAUAGGUAUAUAUAUAGUGAUAUAUACGUAUAUAUUUAUGUAUAUAGAUAUAUAUAUUAUUUCGUUCUACGUGUAUUUUGAUAUAUAUAUAUAUAUAUAUAUUAAUUUCACAAUACAGUUAGAACGAAAUAACACAUCUAUAUAUUUUUUAAUUAUUUAUUUUUAAUUAUUUUUUUAAUUUUAUUUUUUAACGUAUUUACAUUUUUAUUUUUUUAUAUUAUAUAUAAAUAUAUAUAUAUAACAAUAAUUAUAUAUAUAUUUAAUCAGUAUCAGUCUACGUGUAAUUUGAUAUUAAUAUAUAUAUAUAUAAUUAUAUAUAUAUUAAUAGUAAAAUACACCUAGACGGUGUAUGUGUGUUUAUGUAUAUGUGUAUAUAUAUAUAUACUUAGAUCAUAUAUAUAUAGUAUAUAUAUAUGAUCUAAGUAUAUAUAAUAAUUUUUUUUUACACCAUUAACUUUUUUUAUUUUAUUUUCAGCCAGCAGGGGGACCACCUGCCAUUACAGGCAGCCCCCCUGCCGGCAAUACAGAAGCCAGCUAUCCCCGGCCAUGUGAUUGUGGGGUCCUCGCUAGGACCCCACUCUCACAUGGCCGGGGGGCUUCGACGAGGACGGAUGUGCCGCGGGGGGCUCCCUGGGAGUCCCCCCAACCGCUAUCGCCGGCGUGGGACCGCCGGCGACCGGGUAAGUUAACAAAAACCGGAGGGCGUACAAUUAUGCCCGGCGGCGUUUAGAGCCGCCUAUUAGAGGGCGUAAUUGUACGUCCUCCGGUUUUAAGGGGUUAAAGGGACAUUAGUCACCAGAACAAUUACAAAGAAAAAGCAGUAUUUACAUUACUGCCUAGGAACACCUCAGAUGGCCACUAGAGGUACUUCCUGGGUCAGUACUGACGUUCAGAGUCUCCAUGCUGUACAUAGAGGUGCUGAAUGUGCCUCAUAGAGAUGCAUUGAUUCAGGGUUCGACAAAUCAGGGAUUUGUCAGCCCUUUCAGUGGCGAGGGAGAAUGGAGCCGGUCAGCUGAGGGGUUGUGUAGCCAAGGGGGCAAGCCGAAAUCUUCUGGCUCUUCCUGCUCUGCGCCGUCACAUGUCCUGCUGUGAUGUCAGGAGCCAGAUUUUGACAUCACUCCGGCCUCUGCAUCACUAAACGUGUGUAAGAGUGCAGAGGAAUUAGAGUUUGACGAUUUCGGCAGCCACACUGGGCCCCAGGGAAAGGAGUCACUCCAGCUCUCCCAAAGGUAUGGAGGCUGGGUGAAUGUAAAUUAAAAUGUAUUUUUGAGAGAUUGUGUCUCUCGGUGAGUGUGUGUGUGUCUGUUGGUGCUGGAAGAAAGGUGAGUAAACUUACCUUUUACUAUUCUGACAGGGGGCCCUAAAUAUUGAUAUUAGAACUAUAGUGUCAGGAAUGCAUGCUUCUAUUCCUGACACUAUAGUGUUCCUUUAAAUAAAAAUAAUUGUGUGAGUGAGAGAAUGUGAAUGUUUGUGUGUGUGUCAGUGAAUGUAUGUGUGUGAUUCUGUCUGUCAGUGUAUGUCAAGCCAGUGCGUGUUUGUCAGUGUGUCAGUGUCCUCUAUAUGUAACUUAUGUAUAUUAUAUUUUCAUUUUGUGACUUUUACACUUCACAUUAUUAGCUCAUACAAUUCUCUCUACAUACACAAUAUUCACCUUAUGUCAUAUUUAUUUUAAAAAUAUUCUUUACUACAUUUAAUCAGGGUUAUUCUCUGAUAUGGGCUUAAAUUAAAUAUGUGUCUUCACAUUUCAUUUGGCAUUUAAAUCCAUAGAAAUCUCCCGAGGCAUGGGUACUUAGGAUGUUUUUGUUUUGUUUUUUUUAGAUUUGAUGGGGUACUUCAGCGUAAAUGGUUGAGAAACACUGGUCCACAACAUGUGGAGUGCCAAACGUUGUCUACUCCUUACCAAUGGUGUCAUUGUUAGUGCUCUGGUUCAUUUUCCAAGAGAAUGGUGUAUUAUUAAAUAAACAUGAUAUGAAAGUGGUUAAUGCUAAGCUGACUUCAUGCUCCUGAUUGCCCAGUAACUUCAUACUAUUUGAACAAGUUAUAUAAAUGAGGAGGGUUUUGUGAUAAGGAAAGGGAAUGAGGAGGGCCAAUGCAGAAAGAAAGUUUUUAGACAAGUUCAGCUUAUGAAUCUGUGUUUACCUUCAAGAAGAAAGUAUUUUAGAUAUGGGGCAGGGGAAUCAAGGCUGAGAUGUGCAAAACAUUUUCUUUCUUCAAAAAAGCUACGGUAAUUAUUUAGAUCAAAAUGCAUAAAAGUUGUGUUAUGGCAAUGGGUGACAUUUUAAUGCAUUUAUAUAUUUUGUUUUUACUAUUACUUUAAACACCAGGAGUACAUGUAUAAUUGUUCAAAUUAUGUUUAUAUUGAAAUGGCUUCAGAAAAUUUUUAGAUUUUAUUUCGUUUUUUUUUUUUGCUUUUGCAGACUUGUGCUAUUUUCCCUCAUUAAAAAUGACAGAAGUAAUGCCUGACUUGCAGCCAGAAAAAGAACUACAGGUCAGCAUCCACUCUAGAGCGCACAGAGAUACUGUGUUCACCAGCCUGGAAGAACAGAGGAAAAAUAACUUUCUCUGUGAUAUCACUCUAAUAGUAGACAAUGUGCACUUCCGGGCACACAAGGCUCUCCUUGCAGCCAGCAGUGAGUAUUUUUCCAUGAUGUUUGCUGAUGAAGGAAAUGUCAGCCAGUCUAUCUAUGUGAUGGAAGGAAUGGUUGCCGAGAUCUUUGGAGCAUUACUGCAAUUUGUCUACACUGGAAAUGUCCAGGUUAGCGAAAAGAAUUUGCCACAAAUUGUGGCGACUGCACAGGUACUGAAAGUAGAUGAUUUAGUAAAGGCUUAUACAGACUAUAAAGAGGUCCACAAGCCUACAAAACCACAUUCGGAAGCAUCACUCCCAUCUGUCUCAGGUGCAAGCGUAUGCGGAUUACCGAAACGCAAGCGAGGAAGACCAAAGAAAUACAUAAAUGUUCAGGAGUUGGGAAGUCUGGUUGUUAAUCCUGCUCUUAAGGUUUCAAAGGGCAAGGUGCAGAAAGAUCAAACCUCAGAAGAAAAAGAGCCGAUUGAAAGUAUUCCCAAUGGAGACUCUUUAAAUAAGCCAGAAUCCGCUCUGGCUUGUGCUGCAAAAGAAACUGACUCAACGGGGUCCACAAACCCAGAGUCUCUGAAAAGGCACAGUAUGCGCACGCUUCAGAGGUCUGUCAAGUUGCGUGAUUACAAACUUGCAGAAGAUACAGAAAAAGGUGAAAUAAUAAAGCAAGAAGGAGGGAAAAGAAAACCACUAAGCUCAGGGGCUCCCUGCAAGGACUGCGGAAAAGUAUUUAAAUAUAAUCACUUCUUAGCAGUCCACAGGAGGACUCAUACAGGUAGGAAAAUACACAAUAUACUUGACCAUAGUAAAAUGAAAUACCAUUUUAACUUGUUGGAUAUCUAAUGAAAUCAUAGAACCAUUUAUAAAGCACAUUCAUAUUGGCUGCCAAUUAUAUAAUUUAAUGGAGUUUAUUCGCUAAAAACAAGAUUGUAACUAACCAUCUGUGACUAUUGCCAAGCUGGCAGUUUUUUUACAAAAUUUUGCAAUUUCAUUUUCAAUUUGUUGUGAUUUGUUCUUUUUAAGUUGUGUGUGAUUGCAAGAGCAUUCAUUGGGUACGUAUCAAUGUGUAUGUUGUGGGAGUUGCCAUAAAUUCUACCGUCUGUAUAUUUGUUCCUCUCAUAGCUAACUGCUGAAGAGGAGGGUUCAGCUGCGACAUCACUCUUAAAUUUGCAUAUUGUGUCUUAUUGCCUAGGGCUAGCCCUGCAAACUGCAUACUAAUGAAUUUCCACUCGACAGCAGCAACUGGGCAAGUAGAAAUUAUGAGACCUGGUGUAAGUGUGUGUGUGUGUUUUUUUUUGUUUGUUUUUUUAAAUUCAUGUUCACUGUCUGGAUGUUUGAAUGUAGAGGUUUUUUAACCUCUUUGCAGCGUUUGUGUGCCACGCCGUCCUACAAUAAGGAUUUAACGCCAUUAGGGCAGCAUAGCAUGCCUUAACAAUCUGGCCCUCCCUCCAGCCUACCUUCUUACCUAGCAUGCAGAAUCAGAUUGGGGAGCCUGCCUGGCAGGCAGUACUUCUGCAGCCAAACCAGCCGAUCCGAGUCGUGAUUGCAGUGGCAGCCUGUCACCAUAAUCACUGUUGCAAUGUCUCAGCCAAUGAAUUCUAACAUUGGUCGAGACAUUGUGCUUUGCUCCUCUGUUUCCUCACUUUGAGGUGAGAGGCAGAGAGAUCAUUGACACUUACUGUAAAAACUGUUUUAAAAGUGUGUGUAGGGAGUGAUUUAAUUUUGAAUUUAAAAAAAUAAAUAAAUUUUUUUAAUUUACUCUAUUGUACUAAUCAGACCCUGUGAUCAGCCUGAUUAGGGCAUUUAGUAUGUUGGUUCUAUUAAUACUUUAUUUUAGGUUAAAGAUUUGUCUUUUUUUUUACCCUUUUUGUCAGUUACAGCAGUGGGGUUUUUUUUUUGUUUUUGUUUUUUUGGUAAGCUUCCCUGCUGUCUGAUCACUGCUCUGUAUCUGUACUGUAUCCGUGAUCAGAGCACUCUCUGAUCAAGAUGACAUCCUGUUAUUUCUAUUUCUAAAUAAACAUUUUAGUCCUGGUUGAAGCUGUUUGAUCUGCGAUUAGUCAUUUAAUUUAAAAAUUUUGGGUUGGUUGUACGGUUUUCUGUGGGUGGAUGUGAGGUAGUGGAGUGGGUAUUAGGCAGGUAAGUGAAUUAAUUAAAAUGCUAUUAUACGGUGGAGAAGGCAUACGUCAUUCUUGCAAACUCAGUCAGUGGCACUCUCCCAGACAGUGAUACUAUGACAGACUCUGACAUUGAGCCCUUAAGCAUGUCUUCCAGGGAUGGUGUCCCACCACCACCUACAUGAAGGUGCUUAAGAUGCCCUGCAGUGGCAGAUGAAAGCUGGGUACUCUCAAAUUUUACUACUCUGGAAUUACCCCCAUUCAUAGCUACACCUGACCUCACAACAGUGUAUGUUUGUGAGCCUGUGAACUACUUAAGGGUAUUUAUGUCGGAUGACAUAUUUGAACUGAUGGCUGAGCAAAGUAGCCUGUAUGCCAGACAGUAUCUGGGGGUCACACUACAACAGAAAAAACAUGGGUCACCCCACUGAUGUCACAGAAAUGAAACACUUUGGGCAUUGACUCUAGCAAUAGGUAUUGUGAAAAAGCCAAGUAUCAGGUCCUACUGGCUCAAUACAACUUGGCUACCCCUCUUGUCCCAGGAGUUAUGAGGAGUGAUCUCUACGAGUAAAUGCUGCGAUGUUCACAAUGGCGCACUGUUUCCCCAGAGAAACCACCCAUCAUUGGCAUGCGCUACAAAAUUCGUCCCCUUGUCCAACUCCUGUCUAACAAAUGUUUCCAAAAUUAUAUCCCAGACCAAAACAUUUGUAUUGAUGAAACCCUUAUGAAAUUUAAAGAUAGACUGCUUUUCAAACAUUAUAUCCCAUCGAAGCGGUAACAAUGUGAUAUUGAUUUCUAUAAGUUUUUGCAAAUUCACUACUUGCUAUACAUGGGCUUUUUGGAUUUAUCAAGUGAAGGAUAGACCUCUUAACCCACCAGGAUGCUCUGAUUCUGUGGGCACAAAUGGCAUGAUUCUGUAAUAUCAGAUUCAGCACCAGAAUUCCAUGUGACUGCUGUACUCUUGCGCCUGUGCGAGAUUUCAGCAUUUAGGUCUAUAAUGGAUCCAGCGAGAACGCGGGUUCCUCCAUAGAUAGAGCUAAUGUGAAUAAGCAUGAGUAUUUAGCAAGCAUAGGAUUUGGUUUAACUUGUUCCUUUGGGAUUCUAAUUUUUAUAUUCCUUCUUACUGUAAUGCACUUGUGAAGUUGUUGGUGUUUUUAAAUAAUCAUUUACUAAUAGUGGCAUUUAUCUACAUAGAAUGAAUUAUAGUACAAAACUUUCUAUUCUGUUUAAGUUGUUUUUCCAUCUUUCUUCUCUAGGGGAACGUCCCUUUAAAUGUAUGGACUGUGGUAAGUGUUUUACACAGAAGCAUUCACUCCAAGUCCAUGAGAGAAUACACACAGGAGAGCGACCCUACACCUGUACUGUCUGCAGUAAAGCACUGACCACCAAGAAUUCACUCAUGGAGCACAUGAACCUGCAUGAAGGUAACUACAUCAAACUAGUGUAAAGGGAACCCACUGAUGUCACAUUGCUGACUCUUGGUCUGUUUUGUAUCUGCGACAUCUUGUUUUGUUUUUUUAUUUUGGGACUGCUUCUAUUUAACAUAUUUAUAAAUGAUCUUGAAAUAGGCGCUGAAAGCCAUGUAUCCUUGUUUGCAGAUGACACAAAACUUUGUAAAGUAAUAAAAUGUGAGUAAGAUAUUGCUUUGCUGCCGAGGGAUUUGGAUAGAUUGGGCACUAAAAUGGUAGAUGAAAUUUAACGUAGAGAAAUGCAAAGUUAUGCACUUCGGGGUUAAGAAUUUACACCCUAAAUGGUAGUGAACUAGGGAUAACCACACACGAGAAGGAUUUGGGAAUUGUUAUAGACAACAAAUUAGGCAGCAAUAUGCAAUGUCAAUCUGCAGCUGCUAAAGCCAGUAAGGUUUUGUCAUGUAUAAAUAGGGGCAUAAAUUCUCGGGAUGAAAAUAUCAUUUUGUCUCUUUAUAAAUCGCUGGUAAGACCACACCUUGAAUAUGCUGUGCAAUUUGGGAACCUGUUCUAAAGAAAUCUAAAUAUUAUGGCACUAGAAAAAGUCCAGAGACGAGCUACAAAAUUGAUAAAAGGAAUGGAGCAUUUUACUUAUGAAGAAAGGUUAAAAUAUUUUAAUCUGUUUAGUUUGGAAAAACUGUGCCUCAGAGGGGAUAUGAUAACAUUAUACAAAUAUAUUCGGGGCCAGUACAAACCUUUAUCUGGAAAUCUAUUCAUAAACAGGGCUGUGCAUAGGACACGCGGUCACACAUUUAGGCUGGAAGAAAGGAGAUUUCAUCUAAGGCAAAGAAAAGGAUUUUUUUACAAUAAGAGCAAUAAGUAUGUGGAAUUAUCUGCCUGAAGAUGUGGUUUUGUCAGAGUCUAUACAGAUGUUUAAACUGCAAUUGGAUAAAUACUUGCAAAAACAUAACAUACAGGGAUAUAAUUUCUAAAUCAGUGGGGUAAUAGCUGCUUGAUCCAAGGAGACAUCUGACUGCUAUUUUGGGGUCAAGAAGGAAUUUUUUCCUAGUUUGUUGCAAAAUUGGAAGCGCUACAGACUGGGUGUUUUGCCUUCUUUUGGAUCAACAGCAAAAACAUAUGAGGAAGGCUGAACUUGAUGGACGCAAGUCUCUUUUCAGCUAUGUAAUAGGUAGAAAUGGUACCACAUGCAUCCUGCCUCUUUCAGAUUCACAUAUCAUAUGUACUUGUUCUUAUGUGUGUUAAGAAAUAUUGGGAGGAACACAUUUCCAAACACAGAGUCCCAGCCGCCAAUGGCAUAAUUUAUAAUUACCAUCGUAUUAGAAUUUUGUUAACUAACAAAAGCCUACAACAGGCAGCUGGAAUCCACUUCCCACAGCAACACAUGCUAGCAUCACAAUUUUGUCUCUGUAUACUCUAGCCAAAAUGAAUUUCUUUGAUUACUCUUUUCAGCCCUGUUGUAAAAUGGCCUUGUUCUAGCCAGAUUUAGUAUUUUGCGUUCACUGCAUUUAAACACCAAUAUAGAUAUUAUUGUGUGAGUUACACCUACAGAUUCUAUGAUAUAUUCGGAAAUCGCUUUAUUUAGCAACAAAAAAUCACAAGUACUAAAAAAAAAGCCACCAUGCAAAAUGCUGACAUUUUUCAUAUUCUAUAUGGUAAGCAGUAUGGUAGUCAAUAUUUUAUAAUCAUUUCAAACAUAGACAUUAUGUUUUAACACUUAACAUGCUUCCCAGAAUAGCUAAAUUGUGAUUCCUUGCACAUACAUGCCAUUAACAAAAAUUAGCAAUUGAAAAUUGGAAGAAUGAAUAUAUAUAUAUAUAUAUAUAUAUAUAUAUAUAUAUAUAUAUAUAUAUAUUUUUUUUAACUAUCUUGUAAUUUAUGCAGAAAAUGCAUUGGAAUAUAAUGGGGAUUGACCGAUUAUCGGUUUUGCCGAUAUUCCGGGUUUUUGUAAAUAUCGAUAUCGGCCUAUAAUCUUUCUGAUAAUGAGGUUAUCCAGUGCGCAACCAAUCUGUCCUCUUUCAAAGUCUUGCGAUUCACCAGGCCCUGGCUGUCAAAGCGUUCCCGCUGGUUACCGUGGCAAAACCAGGCGCGCGAAUCGGGAGACUUUUUUAGAGCGCUUGUUGAGAAGGCCCUUAAGGUGCUCCCCGUUACUGGAUUGUGCCCAGCAUUCAUGAGGUGUGGGGGAUUUACCAUCUCCCUGUCUGCAGUCUCUGUGUCUGUGAGGGAGUGCUCACUGGAGGAUCAAGAAGACACAACAGGUGAAGCCAUGACCGGGAACUGCAAAAAGGUAGUACUGACACAAGCUAGAAGUUGUUAAGCAUGCUAAUAACUUAAUAUGCCCUUAGGGUACAGGAUUUUACCACACAGUGGAUGAUAAAAGCUCACAAGAUAUAAAAAGGUUAUGACUCACUUUAAAAGUCUUUAAGCUAUUUGAGCCCCCCUCUAAAAGAAAAGCCCUCACAAAACAAACUAGACCACCAGACACAGGUAGAAUUAAUUGUUUAUUUCUUUCAAAAUGGUAAAUUUACAGAAUAUCGGUAUCGGCUCUAAAAAAUCAAUAUCGGUCAAUAGAAUAUAAUAACCAUAUUUUACACUCUUUAAUCUGUACACUAUGUGUUAUACCUCUUGCCGUUUAAAUUUAAAGACUUGGAAAAAGAAAUAAAGAGUAAGCACAACACUAAUAGUAAUACGUUUUGCAGUAUACAAGUCCCAAAAUUCCACAGUUCACCAUCCCUUAAAGGACCACUAUAGGCACCCAGACCACUUCAGCUUAAUGAAGUGGUCUGGGUGCCAGGUCCAUAUAGGAUUAACCCUAAACUGCUAUGUUUACAAAUGGGUUAAUCCAGCCUCUAGUGGCUGUCUCAUUGACAGGCGCUAGAGGUGCUUCCGCGCUUCUCGCUGUGAUUUUCACAGUGAGAAGACGCCAGCAUCCAUAGGAAAGCAUUGAGAAUGCAUGCGCAUUCAGCCAAUGACGUCGGCAGGAGGAGGAGAGUCCCCAGCGCCGAGGGAGCCCCGCGCUGGAGAAAGGUGAGUGUUUAACCCCCUUCCUCCCCCUUCAGCUCCGUGGGAGUGGGACCCUGAGGGUGGGGGCACCCUCAGGGCACUAUAGUGCCAGGAAAACGAGUUUGUUUUCCUGGCACUAUAGUGGUCCUUUAAUAACCAAACAGUCAAAGCUAACUUAUUUAUAUUCUUUAUUUUCUUCUUUUUUUUUUUUUUUUAAUUCUUUAUUUUAAUUGUGCAUGAAUAUGACAAUCAGGCUUGCCGUGCCACAACAGCUUGGGCAAACAGAUUAAGACAUUAAUAUACAGAUGAAUGGCACGUGAUAUUACUGCACAUUUUUGUUGAAAUUACUACAUUGCAGAACAAGAAAAAACAGUCUAGGCCUACAGUCGCUAGAAUAUGUGGUGUAAUUAUAAUGUGCUCAGCUAUGCCCUGUUGUUAGUCCACACUGACUGUAAUAUAAGUGUAUUGUGGUUUUGAGGUGGGUGGUCCAAUGUGUAAGUGAGCAGGCUAUCCGUCUUGUCUCUUAGAUAGGUUGGAUUUAGUUUGUUCACCGUGCGUUUCGCGGUGCGUUCCUAGCCCUAUCAUGUGGAGUUAAGGAUACAUAUUUGGUAUACCACUGAGGCACAAUAUAUAAGUAUGUGGCAGGGGGGCAGGGAGUUAGCUAGCUAGUUAAUUAUCCCAGGGUACGGGUGUUCUACUGGGCCAGUACUCCAGCAGGUAGGUUGUCACAGCUUUUGAGUGUGUCGCCUAGAGAGUAGCCCUCUUUGUGUGCUGUGAUAGCAGCGUUGUGUUAUAGGUGUUUGGGUGUAGUGGCGAUCUGGCUUUGUGGCUCCAUCAUGAUGGGCUAGAUCCUUCGUAUACCGGGGUGGGCCGAGAUUGAGGUAACUGUUGGAGUGCUUGGGUGUCUGGUGCGCCCGAGAAUAUGGGGGGAUGCUUGGUGAGGCUUCAUGCUGGUUCGUAUGCUGUGACUAUAGGUAGCGCUGUGGAGGGGGGUGUGCUGCUUGGAUUUGGAAGCUGGUUCAUCAUUCCCGAAUGGGUAGAGUGGCUAGGGAAUUGCUCUAGGGCCCCUGAGUUGGUGGGAGGGGGGUAGUCGGGUUGUGUGUCUUGCAAGAAGUGGUGUGGAGACAUCAGUAGUUUAUAGUAGCCUGAUGGCUUUGACUAAAUAUGCCUAAAUAAAAUUUUUACUUUGACUAUGCCAACAUUAAGAGUUAUGAUCGCCUGCCAGUCCUUCGGCACUUCCCUCUACUUGAGGGGUAUGUUGAGCCCGGGUCCAGUUGGGGCUUCUGAUCCUGUGUCGCCUUCGUUGCAAGGUACAAAGGGGAAUAUGUUGGAUAUGUCCCAGGAAUGUCCAGGUUUGGCAGUGUCGUGCUUGUGCCGGUUGAGCCCCAGGCUGUGGAGGAAUGGGUCGGAGUCAGCAGCUGAGGUGAGUCGGCGGGUGGUCUCACCCUGUGUGGCCACGAGUGUGUGGGAAGGGCCCCAUCUGUACUGGACGCCUGCUUCUCGGAGGGUCUUGGUGACCUGGCUGAUAGAACGUCUCCACUCCAACGUUGCCCUACAGAGAUCCUGGAGAAAGGUUAGUUGGGAGCCCUCAAAUUUGAGAGGGCUCUUGUUCUUGAUGGCGUCCAUCAUUGCUUGUUUGUCGCGUAGGGACUGGAACCUCAGGAGGACAUCGCGGGGAGCGUCCGCCGGAGCCCUUGGGGAGUCUGAGUAUUCAAUCUAGUUGCAGGUUCUUCGCCUGUUUGGGGUGCAGGAUCUCCAACAGGAGGCGCCUAAUAAAGUGGGGUAGCUCCGUGUCGUUGACAGUUUCCGUGAUGCCUCUUACUUUUAUGUUGAUUCGUCUCCUGGAGUCUUCCAUCGCAUCGAUUCUGGCCUGCAGGGCCUGGUGUGAGCCUUGGAGUUGUUGUAGUCGCUCUGUUGCGUCUGUCUGGCGUUGUGCCAUGGAGGUGAUGUCCUCCUCUGUGGCCCUCACCCUGUCCGUCACGGCUGUUACCUCCUCACGGAGCAGCGCAAUAUCCGUGCGGAACCAUGUGCGCAGGUGUUUCAGAAGGCCCAGGAUGUCUCCCUUUGUUGCGGGUGCCCCCAGGUCCCCUAGUUGCACGGCGGAGAAAGGGUCAUCUGCCUCAGGUAUGGCAUCUGGGGAGUCCAGUGGGUCUUCGUCCGAGGAUAGGCCUGGGGAGUCUGGCGCUGCUGCCAUUUUGGUUUUAGGCCUCGCCAGGAAUAUGUCUCCUAUUCGACGCGUGCCGUCGUCUGAGGAUGCUUUCAGCUUUUUUGAUCGUUUCCCCAUAUUGUUGUGCAGGGGGAUGCUUAGUUUUCGACCAGUGCACCGUCUAUUUUAUAGUCGUUUGCUAGGUUAUUGCCACUUUCAGCUCGGAGCUCAGCCAACAUGCGACUUCUCUCCAUGAAGGUCAGGCCCCGCCCUCUAUAUUCUUUAUUUUCAGUGGGUUUCUCACCAUUUUUUAGGGGACUUGAAUAUAAAAUCCAAUGUCCACACUAAUCCACCACAGUACUGAUUUCGACAUUAUUCUGCUGAAAUGAACUCCCAGUACUCCACUGUUCAUCUGAUAACCUAUUAAAACAAAGUAUCUAAUUGCGCAGUAUACCUUCUGUAUUGUGAACAACAAGACUUCUUUCAGUUCCCCAAUGUGUAGAUAUAACUCUAAUCUAUUAUAUAAAAAUUUAUAUAAACUACAUUUACCUCUUCUGUUUAUCUGUAGGGUUGAGACUUGCAAUGCAACCAGUUAUGUUUAAACUUGGUAUCCUACACCUCACCACAAGUAAUCAAUAAUGCUUACCUUAGCAUGGCACAUUCACUCUGUCCCACAGUGUCAAUCGCAUAUAAGAAGUCCAAUUUGAUUCUCUUACUUUCGUCUUCUUUUAUCAACUCCAGUCAAUUAAAAUAAUAGACAAUUUAAAUAAUAAUAAAUGUCCAGUGCUCUUACUUCUUGUGUCCGUUUCUCCAAUAUCUGGGGCUGCCCUUCCCAUCCACUAGUGAUUAGUUAGCUCAUCCAGAAACGGGCAGUCACAUCCACUUCUUCUUUUGCCCUAUUGUAAGCUUUCUCAGAAUCAUUCUGGUGCCAGUUUCUCGGCCAUUUUAUAUAUACCAUUUUUUUUACUUGGUCAAAGUUAAAAUUCCAUAUAAUUCCAAACAAUGCGUUAUAGAAACUACAACCUUCAAAAUCCAGCUACAAAAUAAUAGAAUUCAUACAGAAGCACAUUAUAAUACCAGCUUAUUCAAAGUCCCUUAAAUCGUAUGAUUUUAUAAAUAUAAAUUUCAUUACAUCUUUAAAUCAUGCUAUACAUGAUUGUUACUUGUGAAUACAGUGUUAUCAGGUAAUCCUAUCUGCCAUUGAGGUGACUCUCUUUCAAAUCCAUGUCCACUAACGACAUGUUAUUGCUUAUAUGGGGUACUGUGCACCAUAACGGUCACCUAGUAGACGGGUAAUUUGAAUCUCUAAUGCAAUCAGCUGUUAUCUUGAGGGGCAUAAGAUCCUCAUUUGAAAGACCAUAAUACUCUGAGAGGUGGUCAGUGAUCACCUGCAUCCUACGGGGUCAGAAGACCCCCAUUUGGAAGAGCAGAUUUGAAAGUAGUACCUUGUCCCUUUAGAUUAAACAUAUGAAGAAAUAGACAAAAGUAGUAUUUCACAGUUGUUGCACACUCACGGAUUUUGUGGUAAUAAUCAUCUACUUCUAGGAGCCAAAUUCCGACCUUUGAAACAAGGGCUGUGUUGACCAUAGAUAGUUACAGGGAUCAUCUGAAACCCAGAACAGCAUGAAAUGUAACGUCAUCUGCAUUUCAGAAACCUUGUGAAUGACAACACAGAAGUGUCAUCAGUGAUGCUUUUAAAUAACAGAUUGUUAUGACAGAAUAUUUAGUUAUGAGUCCUUAAAGGGUUACUUCAAUCACUAUGACCACUUCAGUGCUUUGAAGUGGUCAUGGUGCUUGGAGUCUGUAUUUGCUGUGUCAGUAAGAAAUUAUGCACAUAUGAAGUUAUUUAGGCUAGCUGUUGGAGGUGUAACUCCACAUCUGACAGCGUAUUUAGUCAGCCCACAAUGAGUUUUGAGCUGGUAAUGUCAAUUUUGUGUUUAUUCCUUGCACCGUGGGUCAUCCAUUGGCUCAGAGCGCUCAGCUGAUGUUCUCAACCAGUGAAUGACCAGUGGUAUCUGUAUCUGGCUUUUGCACCGGGUAUGUGAGGCAGCUCAGCGCCUGGCAGAACUCAAGUAAGAGGACAAAACAGGUGUUUAUAUUGGUUAUAAUGGGGCAAGCUUUUAAGGGUUAAUAGUAGAGGAAAGUACUAAAUUUUAAUACAAUAAAGACAUUACAAUAUUGCAAUUAAUUUCCUAGGCUUCACAAACCACAAAUGUUGAACAGUCCUGUUGUAUCUGCAUGUUAUAUUUUACUAACCUGUCCUCAUUUCAACAGGAAAGAAGGCAUUUACAUGCGACCAGUGUGGAAAGUAUUUUAGCCAAAAGAGACAGCUCAAAAGUCAUUAUCGUCUUCAUACUGGUAAGUUUAGACUUCUGUAUCAGACUCCCCAUAAGGAAUAAUUACCAGAUUUUACUAAUUUCAUGACGUUAAGUCAUGAUUUUAUUAAGGACACGGAGGCGAGUAUUAUGCUUAUUCUCUUUCUUUUAUUCCUCAGCAGCAAAAAAUUUAUUUUAGAGAAACAAAUCAAACAUGUAAACAUGCCCCAAAGGGUUAAUCCUAUAACAAUACAACCAAUCAUAAUGCCUUCAGCACCAUCAACUCCCCAUGUGACCUUAAGCCACUCCUCUUUCUUGGUGUUGUCGACGAAGAAUCCACAGCAACAUGUCAACUUGAAGGAAAAAACUAAAUGCCAAGACCGCCACAAUGAAAAAUCAGGUACUCUUCAGAAGCUGGGAUCUUCCCGUAGGUCCUGAAGGAAUCCGUGCACAACGGUGCCAAACCCGUUCAUGAAGCUGAAAGGAACAGAGAAACAAACUGGUAAAAUAUGUUUCUGGACCUUUGAACAGUACCAUAUUACAGAAUUAAUCAUCGGUAUAUAUGCCACCAGUAACAGAUUAUCAUCUAACCAAAACCUUUCAAUACAUGCAGUGUGCUGUAGUAACCUAAAUCCGUAGCAACUUAAUGACCACAUAUCCAUGGGAGGGCACCACUUACCUGCAUCGGGUGGGAUAAUACUCGCAUCCUUGUCCUUAAUAAAAUCAUGACCUUACGUCAUGAAAUUAGUAAAAUCUGGUAAUUUUAUUUAAGGACACGGAGGCUCAUAUUAUGCUAGUUCAAAGCUGUGACACGACCACAUCUGAGAAACUGGCCGAAAAUAAAACUCCUUGAAGGUAGAUUUGCGGGACCAAUCAGCCGCCCAGAGUAGGUCCUCCAACCUGCAUCCUUUGGAGAAAGCCUUAGUCGCCAUGGCUCCCCUGACCGAAGUGUCGAUGCCCGCUGAUUUCAUAAUCCAUUUGACCCAACGAGACAAUGUGACUGUUGAAACAGGGUGAUAUGGAUGACGAAGGGCCAGGAAUAACUCUGGAUAUGCAGGGUCACGAGUCGAAAAAGUCCUGGACUUGUAUUCCUUGAGACAUGCCACUGGGCAUAGCUUAGAGUUAUGUGGAAAGGCCAGGUAGAAAACUGAGGUGAUUGACAUCUUCAUACGCCUGGAAAUAUUAAACGAGACACCUUCGGGGGUGAAUGAACGUGCAGAGAAGUCCAACGCACGCACAUCAGACACCCGUUUACAGAAGAUCAAACAAAACAACAUCGCCAACUUUGCUGUGAGUUGUUUCAGUGAGAGAUCUUCGUUUCUUGGCCAGUCUCCCAGAAGCUGGAGGACAAGGUCAACAUCCCAUGAUGAAGAGUACCUAAGUUGCGGUGGACGUGCAAAUCUAAUGCCGUGCAGGAGUCGGCAUACGAGGACAUGUUUACCUGCCGGGGCACCAUCCAACUCUUGGUGUCCUGCGGAAAUAGCCGAUCGGUAUACAUUUAUCGUGCGAUAGGCUAGGCCAUGGUCAAACAGAGAAGUGAGAAAUCUCAAAAUGUGACUUAUAGGUGCCGAUAAGGGAUCCAUGUGUUGUUCCAUGCACCAACCACUCCAUGAAUUCCAGGCAUGUAAGUAGGAUUUCCUUGUUCCUGGAGCCCAAGCUCCCGCCAGAAUCAAUAGUUGUUUGUGGAACGUCUGGGAUGAAUCCAAGUCCCCGAAGAGGAGCCAUGCCAGUAACUGGAGGUGUCCCCGUAAUAGUAGGGAGUGCGGUUCCCCGUUGGGGUCCAACAAGAGGUCCGGAGAGGUUGGAAUCAGUCUUGGGUAGUCCAUGGACAUCUCCAUGAGUGUAGGGAACCAUGGUUGAGCCGUCCAGAAUGGGGCAAUGAGAAUCAUGGAGGUUCGGUAGCGCCUGAGAUGUAGAAGCGUCCUCACAAUCAAUGAGAAAGGAGGAAAAGCGUACAUUCGCGUGUCCGGCCACUGUUGACGGAAGGCAUCUGAAUCCAACGCCUCUGGAUCCGGUCUCCAACUGAAGAACCUCGGUAGUUCGAGGCAAUUGAUGUGUAACUCCUGUUCGUCUGGGGACCAUUUCCAUCCGGUGGAGAUAGGACCGCAAUGCGCGCCCCAGCCCAGCAGACUUGCCUCCGAUUCCACGACAAAGUCUGGCCUCGUCCCAAAGAUUGCUCUUCCGUUCCAUGCUUCCAUGUGCUGCAGCCACCAAGAGAGUUCUUCUUUGGCUGCGCAAUCGAGAGGUACAGAGUCUGAAUAGGAGAGACCUGAGCGAAGGUAUUUUGCCUUUAGGCGUUGAAGGGCCCUGUAGUGGGCCCAGGAAAAUGGCCUGGAUGGAGGCAGAGAGAAGGCCGAUGAUCCUGGCCAGUUGUCGUAGUGUUAGUGCAGGUCGAGCCAAUGUCCGGCGGAUUUCUUUCUUGACGAUCCUGACUUUGGAAGAUGGUAACAGGAGUGUCCCUUCCACCGAAUCGAUGGUGAAGCCCAGAAAUUCCAAGACUUGGGAGGGUUGUAACACCGACUUGUCCCAGUUGAUGAGGAAACCAAGGUUGCCGAGUAAUGUCUUUGUUCUUGGAGUAAGCGUGGGUCUUGUGCCAUCAGAAGCAUGUCGUCCAAGUAUAUAAUCAGACGCACCCCUCUGCUGCGCAGGAGAGCGACCACUGGCCUCAUGAGCUUCGUGAAGCACCAUGGGGCCGAGGAGAGGCUGAAGGGCAAGCAUUUGAAACGCCAUGUGGUCUCCUCCCAUCGGAACUGGAGGAAAUGUUGGCAAUCCUCGGCCAUUGGGACGGUGAGGUAUGCAUCUUGCAGGUCGAGUUUGACCAUCCAAUCCUCCAAUAGGAGCAGGUCUCGGUUAGAGUGGAUGCCCUCCAUUUUGAAAUGGUGGUACACUACAAAGGCGUUCAGGGGGCGUAAGUUGAUGACCGGAUGGACACCUCCGCCUUUCUUGGGCACCACGAAAAAGGUUGCUUAGAAAACCUGAAACUCCUGGAUGCGUCUCUAUGAUUGCACCUUUGUCGGCCAGAGACUGUAUCUCCACUGCGGUUAAUGCUCUGUUGUGGGUGGAGGAGACUAUAUGUCUGGGAAGAGAUAUCUGGGCAGGUGUUUGUACAUAUUCUAUGGCAUAACCCACUACAGUUUGUAGGACCCAAGUAUCCAAAGUCAACAUUCGCCAGGCAUCUAUAAAGUGGCAUAACCUGCCCCCCACCAACGUUACUGAAGGUAGUGAUGAAGGAAGUGAACUUACCAUAAGGAAGCGCUUCUGGAUCCACGAGUCUGCCAGGGUCUUCCUCGAACUGGGAAGAAUGCAGAGGACUUGGGUUCCGCACCCUGGUAACGUGACUGGAAGGAGCCUCUAGAAACCCGGUACAAGCCCCAGGAGGAACGGCCGGGCAGACGGCCCCACCAAAAACUCCAUGGGAGAAUACCUUUUUCAUAUUGGCUUGCGCCUUGUCCAGAGCAGUAAAUGUGCCCACAUAGGUACCCAGCUCCUUCACAAAACUGUCACCAAAAAGUAGGCUUUUGGCCUGUGGCCCAGGCUCAGUGAUAGCCAAGGUAACCAGCUUUGGCUCGAUCUUAAUUAAUAUAGCCUUUCGUCUCUCAGUGGCUAGAGCCACGUUGGCAUUUCCGAGAAGAUGUGGCUCGCUGUAUCCAGCCCCUGAUAGCUAGAAGGUCUACGCCAAUGCCGUUUUGACCAUGUCAAAUAUCUUUGCACUGGGUCCGAGGACAUCCAGGACCUUAUCCUGGCAAUGGCGAAGUGCAAAGUCUAGACCCUUCUUUGCCUUCCACCCAGUUUUUCCCAGGAACUGGGCAAUCUUAGGGUCCACUACAGGGGCGAUACAUAUCAAAUCUGGGAGCGUGGGGCGUGGGCAUUCUGCUUGCAUCUUACUUCUUGCCACCUUAUCAAGGGGUUUCCUGAUCCGUGCAGCAAUAUAUUUUGCCACAUGGUCCAGCGGGAACCACUCAGUUGAUCUUGGGUGUUGCAGACUAUCAGGGUCAAACAGUGGUUCGCCCUGUGGGUCAAGGAGGGUGGUGACUUCCACACCGUCCUUGUCCUCAUUCCCAGACAUAGAUAUAGAGCUGUGGUCAGCUGUAGUGUGCCCAAAUUGUAUGAGUCCUCAUCAUCAGACUCGCUCCAUGCCUCCUCCUGUUCCGAAUCUGACUCGGAUGAUUCCACUUGGGCUUUUGCCCUUUUCCAACUCCUCACCGAUUUUGCCCGGUGGGUGGCUCCUUCGUUGUGGUGCAACCACAUUAUCUUUGACAGGACUUUCCCUGUCUGUCCGUAAAGUUUUGGAGGCUUCCUCGUCUAUGUGGCGAGAUUUUUUGGCGGCUUUGCGCCCACUGGCCUUGCCUGUAUUGUGCUCCGUAGGGUUAGGAGCAAUGUGAGUAGAGGUCCGCUGGGAGGCCAUGAGGGCAUGGCUAAUAGAGUGGGACAGAGUGUCCGACUUAACUCCCAUGGCUGAAUAAACGGCUUGGGUUACGGAUUUCGUCAUAGUGGCAUCCAGGAGAGAAUGAAGCUCUUCCGAGUUCAAAUGCUCCUGGUCUGUCACAUCUGUGACAGUUAAGCCAGAAGGUCUGGGGACAACCUGGGGAGCAGGGGGUAUAUUAUCCCUAAUGGGAGAAUCGCCAGAGGCUAUACCCAAAUCCCUAAGAGACUGCAUAAUUAAAUAGCACUUCUCACGGUGGUUGUGGUAGGUGAAAAUAUAAAUUGGUAUACAAAGAAAAAAAGGGGGGGGGGGACCCAGGUAACUAGUGGAGUAAUGAGUGACCACACUGAUAAUAGGCAAUCUGGGUAUUAAUAAUGCACCAGCAGUAUGGGUACAAUAUACCAAAGGUACCAGAAAAAAAACUAUACAGCAAUAUGAAAAAGGCAAGCUCACCAAGUGUUCCCUCAGGAAUGGCUCCUGGGGACACUGGUGAGCUGCCCAGCAACUGUGCUGUCCAAUCAGCACUCACCCCCACCAGCUCCAAAAACGCCAACCACAAGAUGGCCGCCGCGAUGCGCACUAGCGUUGUGCGCAUGCGCGAACUGCGCCAUCCGCGGUUAUAGCCACGGACCGGGGAGCUCAGAGGAAAACCUCUGAGGCACUAAACUAGACUGGGCGGUAAGAGCCUCCACACGGAGAGCUGCUAGCCGCCCUAGCUCAGUAGGUGAUAAUCCACCUGACUGAGUAAGAGAUGGGAGGGUGGAGGUAGGGUUGAGGGAUUGGCUCUAGGUUAGGAACAACCAAUAGCCAGCUGGAAAACAAAGUGCAGAAGCAGGGCAGAAGCCCUGCAGCACACAGAAAUAAACAAAUGAAAAUUCAAAUGCAACAUCAAAAAACAAUAAAUAUGACAAACACAUUGGUAGCAUACAGAGAAAAUAUAAAUGUACUUAGCUGAGGAAGGCAGCAGCAAGAAAGAGGAGUGGCCUAAGGUCACAUGGGGAGUUGAUGGUGCUGAAGGCAUUAUGAGUGGUUGUAUUGUAAUAGGAUUAACCCUUUGGGGUAUGUUUAUAUGUUUGAUUUGUUUCUCUAAAAUAAAUGUUGUGCUGCUGAGGAAUAAAAGAAAGAGAAUAAGCAUAAUAUGAGCCUCCGUGUCCUUAAAUAAAAUCAGUGCUUACCAGCCUUUAACUAUAAGAUAGGGCACAAUUUACCGUGAACCUCUUCAAUUUCGAAUGUAUGUGGCAUUUCUUUAAAAAGGAAAAAAAAGGAUUUGACCGAUUCCAAAAAGAGUCUUUGAGACGGUGGAGCUCGAUAUGUUAUUCUGGAUACUUUGUUUUGUGUGCAGCACUCUUUGAAAAUCAGUCUGACUUUGUUAGUCUGUGGCUGCUAAUCAGGUGUGUCAACCCACCCUGUAUUUCUUUGUGUCUCAUAUUGUGUUCCAAAAUUACAGAUCCCCUCCAAUAAGAUAUCUAGAGAUAUAUAAUGUUAGGAUUGCCACAACUUUACUUGAAUUAGGAUCACCUUUAAUUAAAAUAAAAAAUGUAAAAAAUAAUAUAUAUAUAUAUAUAUAUAUAUAUAUAUAUAUAUAUAUAUAAAUAGCGAAGGCUUGCACUCCUGGUGUAAUCCUGUGGUGCCCGGUGCUGGUCUGGCAAGGAUCAUGUAGACAUAGCAGAAAUGACCGCACUCCAAGGACUUUAUAGAGAUUUUCAAAUAAAAUUUAGCUUUUAUUCAAUCCAUUCAUAAAAACAUGUUUUGUCCUGAUGAAAGCUCCAUGUGGGAGCUGAAACGUUGACUUUUUAAAUGGAUUGAAUAAAAGCUAAAUUUUAUUUGAAAAUCUCUAUAAAGUCCUUGGAGUGCGGUCAUUUCUGCUAUGUCUAUAUAUAUAUAUAUAUAUAUAUAUAUAUAUAUAUAUAUGUAUAUGUACAUGUGUAACAUUAUUAAACAACAAAGCCUUAAAGUAUACAUUUUUCAAUAGUGUCACUAAUAAUCUUGAUCAAGCAACCCUAAAAAACUUACUAAAAUGGGUGUAAAUAUAUAAACACUAUCUGUCCCUAAACAGUUCAAGUUUGUUAUAGUAUUCAUUUUAAUAGAAAAAAAACUUUUUUAAACUAGUCAGGUUUUUUUUUUGGUUUUUUUAUACUCUAAACUAAAACAAUAUCUUCCCAAUUAAAUCUAAAUAAAACUUGUUUGUUUAUUUUUUUUCCCUCUCCUCAAAUGAUAUGAAGGUCGCAUAUUACCAGAAUGCAGUAUAUGUCAGCACAAGUUUAUGGAUGGUGCCCAGUUAAAGAAACAUCUGCGAUCUCAUACAGGUAAUGUUGUUUUCAGACAUUAUUUUUGUGCACUAUAUCUGUAUCCGUUAGAGUUGAUAUAUGCAUGACACAUGUGAGUGUUGUCUUGAAACCAGAUUAGUCCGGGAAGGAGGCAAAAAGGGCUACCUAUCAAAUUUUUUUUAUUUUUUUUUUCCCUUUCUAUUAUUCUCUAUUACAGUGCUAUCAAAUCAGAAUCAAAUACAGAUGCUGUUUGACUUGCAGACCCGUUGAAAAUUUAUCCAAUAACAAGCUUCUUAAUCUGGAGGAAAUAGUGGUUGAAAGUACACUAAAUUCGAUUAAUUGCUAAAAUCCUAUUAAAUCAAGUACAACCUUGCCAGAUAAUCAAAACUGUAACAAGCUGAAAAGCAACAAUGUUGCAAGCAGUGUGUCUGAAUCCACAGGCAAGGGGAACCUUAACCCCUUAAGGACCAAACUUCUGGAAUAAAAGGGAAUCAUGACAUGUCACACAUGUGGUGUCCUUAAAGGGUUAAAGGACCACUAUAGUCACCCAGACCACUUCAGCUCAAUGAAGUGGUCUGGGUGCCAGGUCCCCCAGGUUUCAACCCUUCAGAUGUAAACAUAGCUGUUUCAGGGAAACGGCUAUGUUUACAUUGCAGGGUUAAUCCAACCCCUAGUGGCUGUCUUCCUGACAGCUGCUAGAGGCGCUUCUGCGAUGCUGAAUGCGAAAAUCGCAUCCAGCGUGCAGAACGUCCAUAGGAAAGCAUUGAGAAAUGCUUUCCUAUGGACUGUUUGAAUGCGCACGCGGCUCUUGCACUCUUCCACUUGGGAGCUGACGUCGGCGAGGGAGCCCAGCGCUGGAUUAAAAGUAAGUAACUGAAGGGGUUUUAACCCCUUCAAUGCCAAGGGAGGGUACCCUGAGGGUGGGGGUGGUCCUAAGGAUGAUCUAGUGUCAGGAAAACGAGUUUGUUUUCCUGACACUAUAGUGAUCCUUUAACUAAGAAGUGCUUUAAAAAACAAACACAAAAAAAAACAAGAUACCUGAUACAAGGAAAGUAUGCUGAAAUCUCUAAACCAAUCAAAUAAAGAUGUUCUAGGAACGGCACUGUCGCUGAAGCUCUAUUCUGUGCCUUCCAGGGCACCUGGACAUUUUGUGUGCGCUAAGGCUUGCUGUAUAUCUAUGAGAGCAACAGUACCGUAAGUGUAAUGAGAAUGGCUGUAAAAACUCUAUUCUGUGCCUUCGAGGACACCUGGGCUUAAAAUAAGCCAAAGCUAACUAUCUAAGAGAGCAGUAGUUCCAUGGUCUCUGUAGGAUGUACCUGGACUUGUAAAUCGGGAGAAAAAGGAAGAUCUCUUCUUGUAACCGAACAGAUGUGUGAGUAGCGCCAGUCACGGACAAGUCACUGAGUCCAAGGUUUCAUGGAGGCCCGACGCGGGUCUAAAAGACCAUUAUUAUGCUUUCUUUAAAUUAAACUGAAUCCGUCAUGAAAAGAAAAAAGAGCUACCCCUACACUAACUUCUACUUUGUGUUGCCCCCCUUGGGUCACUGUGUAAGAAAUUAUGACCCUCUUACAAGGGUGUUCUUUAGGGAAUGUGUGACAAAUACAAGAGUAUAAAAAAUGUUUUGGUAUUGUUUUAGGUUAGUGUUACAGAUUUUAAAGGAAUAUACACAGUACACAGUAUAAACAAACCCAAUCAUAAUCAAAAGAUGCAUAGAAAAAGGGCAAUACUUAAACCUUUACCCUUGCACCUUCAUCUUAGGUAGUCUGGGACAGUCUCUCUCAGUUCACCAUGGCACCUCUGCUUGCUGCGCUUUCAUCCCCAAAAAGAAACUAAAAAGGACAACACCCAAGGAGGUCAAAGUCUGAUUCUUGCAGUCCUUUAAAGGGAAACAAUAGUGCCAGGAAAAAAAAAAACUUGUUUUCCUGGCACUGUAGCUUCCCAUUUUGUCAAGGCCCACCUCUGUGGUGUAGAAGGGGUUAAUAACCCCUUCUGUCACUUACCUGGGUCCAGCGCUGGCUCAGCUCCGCCCAUGUUCCUCCCCGGCUAACAUCCGCCGGCAGGGGAGACCUAAUGCGCAUGCAUGGCAAUGGCCGCGCUCGCAUUAUGAUCUCCCCAAUAUUCAGUGCUUUCCUAUGGGGAUUCCAGCAACGCUGGAAGUCUUUAUGCAUAGUGUGAGGACGUCUAGCGUCAUUAAGACGUCCAAAAGUCUGGUAGACAGCCACUAGAGGAGGACUUAACCCUGCAAGGUAAUAAUUGCAGUUUAUAAAAACUGCAAUAAUUAUAUGCUCAGGGUUAAGGAUAGUGGGAGUUGGCACCCAGACCACUUCAAUGGACUGAAGUGGUCUGGGUGCCUACAAUGUCCCUUUUAACUACAAUUGUACUUCACUGUAGAGUCCCUGGCAGUUCACACAGCCUUUCCUGUUUUGACAGGUUUCUUUUAUUGAUCACAUACACAGCACAGUUACAAUAAUAUGGUAAUGCAAGUAUACAGGAUUGGCAAAGUAUCCUAAAACAUUGAGGAAUAUUCACUAUACACCAAACAGCAGAUUUGUUAACCACACAUCACAUAGGCUAAUAGUAUUAUCAGAGAGUUUUAGGAAAACAACAGCUAAGGGAGUUGGAUGCAAGACACCACUGGACUAUAGUGUAACAUUGAUAGAAGUUCUUUGUUUAGUCGUGUAUAUCAUUUGCAUUAAUCUGACAAUCUGGCAUUAAGAUCAGUGAUAUUUGUGGUUUCUUUGUUUUCACAGGUGAAAAGCCUUUUACAUGUGAGAUUUGUGGGAAAUCAUUCACAGCCAAAAGCUCUCUACAAACACACAUCAGAAUACACAGGUACGAAUGCUUCCAUUCUUCCAUGCCUUCUAAGAAAGGUAAACUGAAUACAACCAGUGUUUUUGGAUGAGCCUACACCCAGGAAUGCUUCCCCUAAAUAUUAAUUUAAUACAAUUUAAAUUGUAGGCCUAAAUAACCUGAUUGAGCAGGAAAAUAACAAGUCAAUGGUUUGUAACUUGGUUCUCAGCAGACCACUAGUUCCUUUUUUGUAAAUAUUUCCAAUGUAGUAUGAGAGUACAUAUUCGGAACAUGCAUGUCUGUGGCAUGAUAACUGACACGGCUUAUAACUCUUUAAGACACUUAUCAACCCCCAUAACAACUUCAGCUCAUUGACAUUUUGAGGGCAUGAGUGUCCAGGAGUCAUCUUACUAUCUGACACAGAAUAGUGGUUAUCUGCUGUUGUAUGCCUGGGACAUUAUGCAGAGGAUGUUUGCUCAGUCACGAGGCAUCCAGCAAUAGCCUUGUUUUGUCUCGAUUGUUAAAGGAACUCUAGCCUUGAUAUGAGCUGAAACAUGUUUUCAAUGAGCUGAAACAUGUAUUCCUGACACUAUAGUGCUGGUGUGGUUGUUUAGGUGACCAGCCCCACUCUGAUUGCCUUGAAAAGGUGAAUUUACACACAUUUUCUCUCAGUUCGUGCUGGUCUUGCCACCUCUGGCUCUGCCUCCAUGGCUGAGAUCAUCAAUCUUGAUGAUCUGGACCAAUCCAAUGCUUUCCCUUAGGAAAGCAUUGGGAGGCUACUGCUCAUGUGUAGCAAAACGCUGCUCUCGGCCAGUGUUCAUAUCCUCAUAGAUAUGCAUUGAAUGAAUGCAUCUCUAUGUGAAACAUUCAGCACCUCCAUGCAGAGCGUGAAGCUGAACGUCCGUGCUGCACACUGUGCAACACUGGAUUAGGAAGCACCACUAGUGGCCAUUUGAGUGACUGCCACUAUAUGUGUUACUAGGCACCAAUAUAAACACUGCAUUUUCAGGGAAAAGGCAAAGUCUGCAGGAACAGGCUAGAGACAAAAGAACCACUACAUUACAAUGCAGUUGUUCUGGUGACCAUAGUGUCCCUUUAAGAACCCCUCUCUCAUUGAUCCCAUGUCCAAGUGUUUUACAUUGAAGUAAACACCAGUUUUGGUGUAUAGAUCAUGGCACUGCAGUCUCACUGCUCAAUUCUCUGCCAUUGUUUGUGGACUUGUUAAAUCACUUUUUUGUUUCUGUUUGUGCAGCCGUAGCCACACCUCCCCUGACUGCGACUCCGACAGCCUGCAUUGAGAAAAAGAAAUGGUUUCGUUUUCAAUAAGAUGUUAAUUUGCACUAAUAGUUUUUAUCUACUGCUCUGUAAAUUGAAUUCUAAUCACACACAAGCCUCCUGCAAGAUUUAACAGGCUAUGAACAGAAGGAGAUAAGACAUUCUAAAUUUAAAUAUAAUUUGCAAUAAAGGAAGUUUAAACAUUAGAUGACUCUUUACAGGAAGUGUUUAUGAAAACUGUGUGUCACAUGUAGGGAGGUGGUGCUAGAGCUGCAUAAAUAAAGUGAUUUUUAUCGCCUAAAUGGCAGGGAGACUGGAGGGACAUGAUCUGUACACCAAAACCACACCAUUAAGCUAAAGUUGUUUUGGUGCCCAUGGUGUCCCUUUUAAUAUUAAAGAACUGAUUUCCAAAAACUAUCCAAUGGUAAAAGAAGUUGUUUUUUGUCUUUUCAGGGGAGAAAAGCCAUACUCUUGCAGUAUUUGUGGAAAAGCAUUUUCAGAUUCCAGUGCAAAGAGAAGACACAGCGUUUUACAUACCGGUAAAAAACCUUUCUCCUGCCCAGACUGCAAUGUGCAAUUCACACGUAUGGAUAAUCUAAAGACUCACAUGAAAACCCACAGCAAAGAAAAAUGUCCACAAGUUCAGGAGACAAAUAACGGAGGCAGUGAUGAUGUAAGAAACAUUCUCCAGCUGCAGCAGUAUCAGCUAGCAACACCAGCACAGGAGAUCCAGCUAGUGGUCACUGACGGUGUACACAAUCUCGACUUCAUGCCGGCACACAGCCAGGGUAUCAGUAUUGUCACCAGUAACCCUGCUCAGACCAUUACAGAGCAGACGGCUAACCUUGCUCUAAUCACCCACCAGCCUUCAGGAUUGCAUAGCUUAUCAGUCACAGCACACCAAGAGCAAGUGGAAUCAAUCCACAGCGUGGACUUGAUGGAGAGUCGUGUGCAGACUGUGCAACCAGAGCAGAUGCAUGUUAUCACCCUGUCCAAAGAAGCACUUGACCAACUACAGGGCCGGACACAGGAAAUCCACUUGCCCCAAGCGGACAGGCAAACCACACUGAGCCAGGAGCAGACACCUAUAUCUCAAGACAUGGUGAACCAAAAUGUCAGUGUCGCUGAUCAUACCCAAACUACUCUGUCAUUAACUCCAGUUACCCAACCUGUGUCUGAGCAUCAAAUCCAAACACAGACCUUUCAGAUACAGACCAGCACAGUGUCUUUCAUAAACACUGCUUUGGAGUCCACAAAUCAGACUUAAACUUUAGUUAUGUCUUUCUGAGAAAUGGUGUAGAGUAAAGAAAUUGCUAUUUGCAUUGAAUACUUGCUGAACAUCACAAUAAUAAUCUUAAUGUGGAAAGACUGGGACUGGGCAAUCUUUGUAUGUGCCAUUGGUUUUGCCAGUGUAACAGUGCCUUGCUUUCUGAGGCAUAAGGAGUUAAAGUGAGACCACGCAUGGUUUUGUUUGCAUUUUAUAUAUUGUAUGCUUUGUUUUUGUUUUGUUUUUUUUAAAUCUUGAUUUUCAGUUAAUUUGCAAACAAAUGGUGAGACCAAUUCAGAAUAAAUGUUCUAACAACGUGCAUGAUUUGUAUCGCAAUAUACAAAAUAAUGAAUGUAGGCAGAAAAAUAUGAUCCAUGUAUGUAUUUUAUUUAUAUUUUUGUAUAUAUAUAUUUUUUUUCUUAUUUCAAAUUCCGUUUUUCUGGCAAUUUACAAACAAAUAGUAAGACUAACCAGGAAUAAUUAUUUGCACAUUGUGCAUGAUAUUGCAUUUUACAAAGCUUUCCGUGUUUUUGGAGAAAAUAUGAUGUAUGCUAUAUACAAAAUGAAAUGGGCAGAGUUAUUCACUAAGACCCAAACAGCCUUGGCCUGGAUUCGCUUAAAUAAUUGGAUAACAUCUAGGAGUACUGAGGAAAAACCUUGACAUAUUUGAAAAGAUUUAGUAAUAUCCAGAUUUUUUUUAAAAAUGCCUCAGAAUUGCCUGCUUGUGCUGCCACUGAUGACUGGUUGAAUAUAUAUCUGUGUCUGUAGGUUUGCCUGGAAAUAGCAAGGUAAUUUGUUGUCGCUUUGUCUGCUACCAGAUUUAAUAGAGUGAUUCUGGUUGAAAUUCAGUAUGUAAAUCUUAUUUUCUACAGGAUUUGCGUUUGAGAAUUGCUGAUUUUUAAAGCAGACACCGCAUGGUAUGAAAUAAUAUUCCAUAACCAGUUGAGCUCAUUGUAGUUUCCAGGAGUGUCCUUCGAGUGUGUGUAGUCACAGUUCUUGGCCAGUUUAUCAACAUAACUUUGCUUCCACCUGUGCAGCCUGGAAGCUACUUGCAUGAGUUAGACUGGUAGUGCAGGGAGGCACACUUUGGCUGAGAACACUCAGUUGAUGCUCUCAACUAAAGAGCCAGCCUGGCACUGCAGGGCUUAGCUCAGAGGAGGCAAUAGAAACUCCUAGCAGGAGCUAGAAUGAGCUCCUAUGAAAACAUAAAUGCCCAAGAAGGGAGUAACAAACGUAGAAGUAAAGAAGGAAUACUGGACAUCUUUUGCAUCUAACAGACAAUCUCUUUACGCAGCACUGUCUCUAAAAGGGACUACUUUGUAUCUGUAUAUUUCCUAUGCCUAACACUUCUAGACACUGGGCAGAGCUACUGCGGUCUAGAAAUGUCAAUCCACCCAAUCUUCACCAUCUAUGGAGAAUCCUGUGUUCUUGCAGGUUGCUCCAUAGACCUCAAUGUUGUACUCUUGCAUGUUCUCUCGUGAAAGUACCGCAGUAAUGUCAAGUCCUGGCGCUUUAAGAAGGCUAGCCUGUAGAAGAUGGCGGUUUCCACAAGGGACAGGUUCAGGUAAUUAAGUCUCACCUUUCCCGCCUAGUGACUGUCACCUUCGGAGGUCUGUGCAAAUUCAUCAAAGGUCCCCAGACUGUGACAGUGCAGAUUUAACAGUGAAACCAUUCUUAUAAAGG